GCCGGUGAUCCCUCCUACUGAUACAGUUGCAUACGGAGGAGGAGCUCGGGCGGAAAUUUAGCCAAUCAGAGAUACGGGAGGCGGCAGUAAGGGCGGAAGUCGUUUGUACCUGCACGUGGCUCUCUAUUAACUCUGCCCGUAAGGUGUAGCCACUGGGAGGAGUUAGGGGAGUGAAGGCUUGAAGCGGCGCGGGUUCCCAAUGGGACGGUCAUGGCUCCCUGCGCAGCAGAAGCAGCGAGAGAGGGGCCCUUGGGAACCAGGUACCAUGUUCUCCCCGGUCCCGCUCAUGGCGUUUGUUGCGGCCGCCGCCGCCGCCUCUCUACUGCUUGUUGGGUUCCUGCUUCGACAAAUGGUAAAGCAGAAGCGACCCCGCGGCUUCCCCCCGGGCCCCCCAGGAAUCCCCCUGAUUGGGAACAUCCUGGCCUUGGCCUCCGACCCCCACGUCUACAUGAAGAAGCAAAGUAAGAUCCACGGCCAGAUUUUUAGUUUGGAUUUGGGGGGGAUAUCCACUGUGGUGCUGAAUGGAUACGAUGCAGUGAAGGAAUGCCUGGUGCGUCAGAGUGACGUCUUCGCGGACCGUCCAUCCCUCCCACUGUUCAAGAAACUGACAAAAAUGGGAGGCCUCCUCAAUGCAAAGUAUUGUCGCUGUUGGACAGAACAUCGCAAGUUGGCUGUCAACUGUUUCCGUAACUUCAGGUACAGCCAGAAGUCCUUUGAGAACAAGAUUUCGGAGGAGUGCCUCUUCUUUCUCGAUGCCGUUGACACCUAUAAAGGGAAGUCAUUCGACCCCAAGCACCUGGUCACCAUCGCCGUUUCCAACAUGUCCAACCUGAUCCUGUUUGGUGAGCGAUUCUGCUACAGCGACACCGAUUUUCUCCACAUGAUCGAAAUCUUCAGCGAGAACAUUGAGCUGGCCACCAGCGCCUGGGUCUUCCUCUACAACGCCUUUCCUAUUAUUGGUCUCCUGCCUUUCGGGAAGCACCAGCAACUCUUCCGAAAUGCUUCCGAGGUCUACGACUUCCUCCUCCAAAUAAUCGAGCGAUUCUCUGAAAACCGCCAACCACAGUCACCCCGCCACUUCAUUGACGCGUAUAUGGAUGUGAUGGAGAGGAAUGAGGCGGACCCUGACAGCACCUACUCCAUGGAGAAUCUGAUCUUCUCGGUCGGGGAACUCAUCAUUGCCGGAACGGAAACCACCACCAACGUGCUGAGAUGGGCCAUGCUCUUCAUGGCACUUUAUCCAAACAUACAGGGACAAGUUCAGAAGGAAAUAGAUAAAGUCGUUGGACUGAACCGAAUUCCAACAUUGGAGGAGAAAUCCAAGAUGCCCUACACAGAGGCCGUGCUGCAUGAAAUCAUAUUCCUGGUUGUAACGGCUUUGACUGGAGCAGUAUGUAGAUUUAAUGGGGGGGGGGUUCACCAGCUCAUGUCUGAACAACUUCACUGGAGCUGCGGAUGCACAGCGAACAGGCUUUUACUUCAAGUGCAACAAUAAGAAGACAGUGUCGAUACUUUGUAUUUUAUUCACCAAAGGGGAACCAAGUAAUUAUUCUCUGGGACACCAAAAAACACCCAGCACUUGCUUAGGCCUCAGAAGGGGGUCCAAUUUAACUUAUCAUUCCCAAAUGUACCUUUUUAAAAUAUAUGCUUUUUAUUCCAUUAAUCAAUGCAAUUUUUAAAUAAAUGGAUCCAGUA